GCCCUGCUGCCCACCAGGCGUUGGUUCAACACCGUGUUGGAUGACUCUCACUUGGUGGUCAGCUGCCACCUCUCCAGUCUCGUCCACAGAGAGAAGGAAGGACACCUCUUCUGCCAGUUGCUGGACAUGCUGAAGUUCUACACAGGUUUUGAGAUCAGUGACCAGACAGGAACUGCCCUGACGGAGAAAGAGAUGACCACUCUGCACUAUGACAAAAUCCUCUCUUUGCAGAGAGCAGCAUUUGCUCAUUUCCCUGAGUUGCAGGACUUUGCUCUGUCCAACGUGGCAGCAGUAGACACUCGUGAAUCCUUGACCAAACACUUUGGGCAUCUCAGUCCCAAUACGCUCCACCAGGUGGCCUCGUAUUUGUGUCUGCUGCCAGAGCUGCCUGAAGGACAAGACACCACCUAUGAGAAGGAGGUUCUCCUUGAGCUUCUGGUGUCCCGUCAUGAGCGCAGAAUCUCUCAGAUCGAGCAACUUAACCAGAUGCCCCUUUAUCCAACAGAAAAAAUAAUCUGGGAUGAGAACAUUGUCCCGACAGAGUACUACUCAGGCGAAGGCUGUCUAGCGCUACCUAAGCUGAAUCUCCAGUUCCUGACCCUCCAUGACUACCUGUUGAGAAACUUUAACCUGUUUCGUCUAGAGUCCACCUAUGAGAUCAGACAGGACAUAGAGGAUGUGGUUUGGCGUAUGAAACCAUGGCAGUCGGAGUACGGCGGAGUGGUGUUUGGGGGCUGGGCCAGGAUGGCUCAGACCAUCACCUCCUUCUCCAUAGUGGAGGUUGCCAAGCCAAACAUUGGAGAGAGCUGGCCGGCCCGUGUGCGAGGGGACGUCACUGUAAAUCUGAAUGUACAAGAUCAUAUCAAGCACGAGUGGGAAGGGCUGCGGAAGCAUGACGUUUGCUUUCUGAUCACGGUGCGCCCUAACCUACCCUACGGCACGCGCUUCGACCGGCGCCAGCCCUUUGUGGAGCAGACGGGCCUGGUGUACGUGAGAGGCUGCGAGGUGCAGGGCAUGCUGGAUGACAAGGGUCGCGUCAUUGAAGAAGGACCCGACCCGAAGCCUAAGCUGCGAGGAGACGCCAGAACCUUCCGUGUAUGGCUGGACCCAAACCAGUAUCAACAGGAUAUGACCAGCAGCAUUCAGAGUGGCACAGAAGACCCUUACGAGUCUUUCAACGUCAUCAUGAGACGCAAACCCAAGGAGAACAAUUUCAAGGCAGUGCUGGAGACCAUCAGAAACCUGAUGAACACCGAGUGUGUGGUCCCAGACUGGCUUCACGACAUCAUCCUUGGCUAUGGCGACCCAGGCAGCGCCCACUACUCCAAAAUGCCUAAUCAGAUCUCCACGUUGGACUUCAAUGACACCUUUCUGUCCCUGGACCAUUUACGAUCGUGUUUCCCUGAUUACACCAUCAAGGUCACCGAGGACGACCCCGAGCUGCAAGUCUUCCCGUUCAGAAUCAAGUUCCCAAUCUCCAAAAAAGCAGAAAAAGGGAAGAAAAGAAAGACUGAUGAACCAGAGGAAGACCAAAGUGAAGACAAGACCUUGAUCGUUGAGCCCUUUGUCACCCCCAACCGCGGGCCAUAUCCCUACAACCAGCCCAAAAGGAACACAAUUCAGUUCACUCCUACUCAGAUUGAAGCCAUUCGGGCCGGGAUGCAGCCAGGCCUCACCAUGGUUGUUGGACCACCAGGUACCGGAAAGACAGAUGUUGCCGUUCAGAUCAUCUCCAACCUCUAUCACAACUUUCCUGAGCAGAGGACCUUGAUAGUCACACACUCUAACCAGGCUUUGAACCAGCUGUUCGAAAAGAUCAUGGCUCUAGACAUUGACGAGCGCCAUCUCCUGCGUCUUGGCCACGGAGAAGAGGAGCUGGAAACUGAGAAGGACUUCAGCAGAUAUGGUCGAGUAAACUACGUCCUAGCCAGACGCCUGGAGCUCCUCAGGGAGGUGGGGCGGUUACAGGAGAGCUUGGACGUCCCAGGAGAUGUUUCUUACACCUGUGAAACAGCUGGACACUUCUACCUCUACCAAGUGAUAUCUCGCUGGGAAGAGUACAUGAGCAAAGUCAGGCCAAAGCAGAGCAAGGAGGUGGAGGUGCAAGCUGUGGCGGCACACUUUCCCUUCCACAAGUACUUCUCCAACGCCCCUCAGCCUGUGUUCAAGGGACGCUCAUACGAAGAGGACAUGGACAUCUCAGAGGGCUGCUACCGCCACAUCAAGAAAAUAUUCACCCAGCUGGAGGAGUUCAGGGCCUUUGAGCUUCUAAGAAGUGGACUGGACCGCUCCAAGUAUCUGCUCGUGAAGGAAGCCAAAAUCAUUGCGAUGACCUGUACCCAUGCUGCACUCAAACGUCAUGACCUGGUGGAGCUGGGAUUUAAGUAUGACAAUAUCCUGAUGGAAGAAGCUGCUCAGAUUCUGGAGAUCGAAACCUUCAUCCCCCUCCUGUUACAGAACCCAGAGGAUGGCUACAGCAGGCUGAAGCGCUGGAUCAUGAUUGGAGACCACCAUCAGCUGCCCCCUGUUAUCAAGAACAUGGCCUUCCAGAAGUACUCCAACAUGGAGCAGUCUCUCUUCACCCGGUUUGUGCGCCUGGGAGUGCCCACCAUAGAUCUGGAUGCACAGGGCCGAGCUCGAGCAAGCCUAUGUAACCUGUACAACUGGCGCUACAAACAGCUGGGGAACCUGCCUCAUGUCCAGCAGCUGCCUGAGUUCCAGGUGCCAAACCCCGGCAUCACCUUCAACUUCCAGCUUGUUAACGUGGAGGACUUCAAUGGGGUGGGAGAAUCCGAGCCCAACCCUUACUUCUACCAGAACCUUGCGGAGGCGGAGUACAGCGUGGCUUUGUUCAUGUACAUGCGUCUGCUGGGCUACCCUGCUGACCGCAUCAGCAUCCUCACCACCUACAACGGGCAGAAACACCUGAUCAGAGACGUCAUCAACCAGCGCUGCGCCGGCAACCCCUUCUUCAGUCAGCCUAACAAGGUGACAACAGUGGACAGGUUCCAGGGUCAGCAGAAUGACUACAUCAUCCUCUCCCUGGUCCGCACCAAAGCCGUGGGACAUCUCAGGGAUGUGAGGCGUCUGGUGGUAGCCAUGUCCAGAGCCAGGCUGGGUCUGUACAUCUUCGGCCGGGUGUCGUUGUUCCAGAACUGCUUCGAGCUGACUCCUGUCUUCAACCAGCUCACCGCCCGACCCAUGCAGCUGCACAUCCGGCCGCACGAGUACUACAGCCAGGAACAGCCCAGAGAUGCUUCUGGACAGAAAGACCAAAUCAUCAAGAACAUGCCAGAGAUGACCAACAUGGUGUAUAACAUGUACAUGCACAUGAUCCAGACCUCCCAGAAGCACCGACAGCAGCAGCAGCAGAAACUGGCUCUGCCUCCACAACAAACCAAGCCUGAUGCUGUGGAUGAGGAAGUGUCAGUUAGCGCCGAAGAAAAGCCAGAAGAAGAAACCCCCAUGGAGCAGGAAACCCCAGAAGGAGAGCCAAACCCAGAAGGAGAGGCGACCCCAGAGCCAAACCCAGAGGACACUAGUGAGAAGGAGAAGGAGGAGGAACAGCAAGAAGCAGUGAGCCAUGCUAAGAUGCCAGAGCAUCCCGGCAGAGACAGCGACAGUGACGAAGAGGAAAAUGAAGGGGAGCAAAAGCAGUAGAGCAUCUUCUUCUGGGACUGCUGUCUAAUUAAGGGCCUCAGUUAUUUAGGGGACCGAGUGGAUUGUCCCUUGAGAAAAGAUUAGUGGAAAGUCAGUGAUUUUGUAUUUGUUUCUGCUCCAAGCAGAUCCUGGUGAUAAUGUUUCGUUUUUCUAUACCAUUCAAUUUUGUAACCAUCAGUCCUUUUUUAUUAAAAGAAUUGCAAAUCCUUCA